AUGCUGAUGACCACUAUGAGCACGGCUAUGGUGAAUAUGGUGCUGGCCACCACGGGCACGAACACGAUCACUCCCAUGGCGAUGGCUUCAAGAAAGGCUUCGAUGAGGGUGGAUACGGUGACUACGGCAGCCACAAGUACGGUGGAUGGGGAAGUUAUGCAAAAGGAAAGGAACACGGAUCAUAUUACGGAUCUUCAUACGAUGACGGCCACGGUGAAGGACACCACGGCCAUGACCACUACUGAGCUUCCUUCUACACUACGGACGCGCUCUUUCUCAAGUUGCACGAAAGUUAACAACAAAGUUUCAUUUUCCAUCUUCUUCUGA